AUGAAGAAAUACUCCAUUACCCAUAAGAUUUUUACACCUUACCACCCACAAACUUGUGGCCAAGUAGAAGUGUCUAAUAGGAAGAUUAAACAAAUUUUAGAGAAGACUGUAAACCCUACCCGAAAGGAUUGGUAUUUGCGCUUAAUAGAAGCUUUGUGGGAUUACAGAACCGCUUUUAAGACUCCACUUGGGAUGUCUCCAUAUAAACUUGUCUCCGGUAAAGCCUGCCACUUGCCUGUAGAAUUAGAACACCGAGCUUAUUGGGCCAUCAAACGGCUAAACUUUGACCUACCUACUGCUAGUGAUAACCGUAGACUUCAGCUCAAUGAGUUAGAAGAAAUUCGUAAUGAUUCUUACCAAAAUGCGAAAAUUUAUAAGGAGAAAACCAAAGUUUUUCACGACAAAUUGAUUCUUCGAAAGUCGUUUCCACCAGGCCAGAAAGUUCUCUUGUAUAAUUCUCGCCUUCACCUUUUUCCUGGUAAGCUUAGAUCUCGUUGGACCGGCCCAUUCUAUGUCAAGACCGUGUAUCCACACGGUGCUAUUGAGGUUAGGAACCAUGAUACUGGAGAGACUUUUAAAGUCGACGGUCAGCGGUUGAAACCAUUUAUAGAAUUGACCAACCCUGAAGUGGAAAAUACAAAUUUACAGGAUCCCGUUUAUCACGACUAA